AUGAAUACCAGGUCAGGCAUGAGGCCAGCGCGGCCGCAAAGCGUGAAGGAGCUUGUCGCCCAAGCUGAAAACUUCACCUUUAACGCGAAUAUCCCCUUCAAACACUGGACCAGAGCCGCAGAGACUUUGUACCAAGAGGCUUCAUUCGCCCUGUCCGACGGAGACUAUGGUCGAGCUUAUAUGAUGCUGUACCGACACUCAGUGCUGGUCCUAAAAUGCCUUCAGACGCAUCCUCAAUUCAAAGACCCCGAAAGUCGCAGAGCAUUCCGACCUCUUUCGAAGCGAAUAGACCGUGUGAUUGCUGACCUCGAAGAAAUCAAACCCCUAAUCAACGACGAAUACGCAGAAUGGGAAAGAAUGACACCUGCAGACUCGAAACCGUCGAAACAAAGCCAACAAAAACCACCUUCGAGCUACGGGGAUUUUGCAGCUCGUGACCCCAGUCUAAGCGGCAAUGCGACCGUUCUGGACGCAUCCGAGAAUCAAGAACUGGCCGUAGAGCUGGCACAGAAAGAGUUGGCUCGGCGAGAUACAGUUCGACAAGCGAACAGACAAGCCCGAGUUUAUGGAGACACCAUUCUCUCGCCUCGCUUCGGCGAUGGACAGAGGGUCGAAUUGGACCUUCAAAGUCAAAUGGAGGCUGCCCGAAGAGCUACGGACUCAUCUCAGCGAGAUCGAUACGACCACGACAGCCGCAGAACAGCGCCUUCAUCGCACAGAGAUGCGAUUCCACAAUCGUAUGCGUACCCGUCGAUAUCGAAGUCGCGGCCCGUCCAAUUUGACGAAUCCUCCCACAAGCCAUUAUUACCACCCAAUUUGCCUCCACCCAGCCGCCCGCCCAAAGAACAUGUAUAUCCUCCCAGAGAGUCAUCCUAUACAACUCGACACGAAUUACCGGCCGUCCCGGAUAAGGUUCCUGGAGAGGAUUUGUAUACACCAUCCUACUCAAGAUACGAAGUGGUGACGAGUCAACCUCCUGUUCCUCCAAAACGAGCACAAGAUGGCCCGCCCCUCCCUAAGAAAGAAAGACUUGCAUUCAAGCCAGGGGCAUAUCUUGAAAAUGGAGACCCAAUUCGCUCCGUAUUUCUUCCUAGUAAGCUUCGAGCUUCAUUUUUGAGCCUGGCAGCAGAAAAUACAAGGAAGGGCCUGGAAAUGUGCGGCAUCUUGUGCGGGACACCAGUUAAUAAUGCAUUGUUCGUGCGGUGCUUGCUCAUUCCAGACCAAAAAUGCACAUCUGACACAUGCGAAACGGAAAACGAAAGCGCAAUAUUCGAUUACUGCGCCGGGGAGGACUUGAUGGUGUUGGGCUGGAUUCACACGCAUCCGACACAGACAUGUUUUAUGAGCUCUCGAGAUUUGCAUACACACGCUGGGUACCAGGUUAUGAUGCCAGAGAGUAUUGCCAUAGUUUGUGCGCCAAGAUUUACUCCAUCAUAUGGUAUAUUCCGACUCACACAUCCGCCUGGUUUGGACCACAUUUUGGACUGUAGGCAAUCGGAAACGUUUCACCAACAUUCGAUUGACAACCUGUAUCGGGAGACCGAACAUCCAAACGGCCAUGUUUAUGAAAGCGACAGGAUGCCAUUCGACAUUAAGGACCUUCGCACGAAAUAA